AAUUACUCCGUAUUACAACUUCCCCUACUUCUCUUCUUUUCUCCCCCCUGCGCUACGGCGCCUUUCUCCCUUCCCUCGCCGCAAGGCUGCUCGACCAAGGUAUACGUGGAAAGUAGUGUAUAUCAUCAGCUUCCCUGCUUCGACUCUGCUCCCACUCUCCGAAGUUGCAGGUUUCUAGCGUCUCUCCUUCCCAGAGUCACAACUUUCGAGCAUCCCUCCUUGGUCAGCGACUCAGUGCAGCAGCAUCAGGAUGAAUUUGGAAGAGAGAUUUAAUGUUAUUAGGAGCAUAGGUGAAGAGUGUAUCCAGGAAGACGAGUUAAGGAAUUUGUUGGCAAAUAAGCCUCAACCAAUAUGCUAUGAUGGAUUUGAACCCUCGGGUCGGAUGCACAUUGCUCAGGGUGUUAUGAAGACAAUUAAUGUUAACAAGCUUGUAGCAUCGGGCUGUAAAGUAAAGAUAUGGAUUGCAGAUUGGUUUGCUCAGUUAAACAACAAGAUGGGUGGAGACUUGAAGAAAAUUCAUGUUGUUGGUCAGUAUCUGAUUGAGAUAUGGAAAGCUGCAGGAAUGAAGGUUGAGAGUGGUAAUGUUGAGUUUGUAUGGUCCUCUGAAGAAAUCAAUUCUAGAGCUCAUGAGUACUGGCCACUUGUUAUGGACAUUGCACGGAGAAAUACACUUCCGCGAAUAUUGAGAUGCGGUCAAAUUAUGGGUCGCUCUAAAGAGGAGCAAUUGACUGCCGCCCAAAUAUUUUACCCAUGCAUGCAGUGUGCAGACAUAUUUUUCCUCAAGGCUGAUAUCUGUCAAUUGGGAAUGGACCAGAGAAAGGUGAAUGUUCUUGCAAGAGAAUACGCCGAGGAUAUUAAGAGGAAAAACAAGCCUAUCAUAUUGUCUCAUCACAUGUUGCCUGGCUUGGAAGAGGGUCAGGAGAAGAUGUCCAAGACUAUUGUAUCAUCUUCCAUUUUCAUGGAAGAUGAAGAGGAAGAUGUGAAUCAAAAAAUAAAGGAGGCAUUCUGCCCACCCAAGGUGGUAGUGAAAAAUCCUUGUCUUGAGUACCUCAAUUACAUAAUAUUUCCCUGGUUUAAUGAGUUUACGGUGGAGCGAAGUCAAGAGAAUGGUGGUAACAAGUAAGACAUGGUCUUUUUCUUUCUACUGACAGCAUCAACAUGAUUUUUAUUACUCGUAAUAUUUUCAUGCUUGCUGUUAUGUUUCAAACUUUAUGAGUUUGAUCUUCACCCAUUUUGCUCCACAUUAAUUGUGUUAUUAUUCGCGUGUACAUGACUUUCAUUAGUUUUGUGGAACUUGUUGCUGACUAUGAAUGUGGUGGAUUGCACCCUAGGGACCUUAAACCCGCUCUAUCGAAAGCACUGAACAAGAUCCUACAGGUAUUGCUCAAUUCUUUUUUCCUCAUAGGGUUUCUAAACGUUUUCAGUUCCUUUUGGAAUGUCUGAUGCGUAGAAUUAGUAUUUUUUUACUAUGAACUUUAGGUCUUGGGCUUUAUAAGGCCUAUAGAGGAAUGAAUAUUGUUUUCCUAA